AUGGCCCGCGGGACCAAGUACUCGACCGCCGAAGACCUGCGUCUCGCCCGCGCGAUCGUGGCCGCCGCCCGCAGUCAGAGCGACGACAACGUCAAGCUUUUCUGGAUGGACGUGUACAGCCACUUUGCGGCUCUUGGAAAGCAAAUCCGCGCCGCCGACAUGCGCUCGCCCAGCGGCGUCGAGCAGCACUGGCACAGCGUCGCCGACAACAUGCGCCGCUUUGCGAAGAUCCACGAGGCCGUGGUGACAACCAGCGUCGACGAAGAGGAUGCCAUGGCGAUGGCAUGCACCAAGUACGUGCAGGACAGCGGCCGCGUGUUCAAGCACCUUGAAGUGUGGCAGUACCUCCGUGACGAAGCACCAUUGUCAUACAAAGCCUUGCUGACAGGGCACCCCCGGUUUCCUGUUGCGGACGCGUCAACACCCAUUGAGAAGCUCGUGACAGACCGUGCGCCUGAGAACGCGCUGCCGACGCCCGCCCCGGUGCAAGAGCCGAGCCGGACCAGUGACGCGACUUCAACGCCCAUGGAGGAGACGCCAGUGGCAACCUCUAGCCGUGCCAGCAGCAACACGACAGCCACCAAGAAGCGCAAGGCCAUUGACUAUCCGGCCGCCAUGCUGGCGCAGCGGCAGCGAAAGAAUGAUCUGUUGGCGCAGCACAACGAGCUCUUGCGCCAGCUUGUGGAUGCUCAAUCCACGAUGGCACAUGUCGCCGCCUUCGCACAAGCACCUGCCGACGAGCGCGAGCAAGCGGCAGCACUGCAGCGCCGUGUGAUGCUUGCACGGCUAGAAAAGGAAGCAAAAGCACUGGGACUUGACGUCGCCAGCUCGAAUCGGUAG